AUGCCGCCAUUUUCAAAGCCAGAAACAGUGCUCAAGCAGGCUGAGGGACUUGUCUCGGUCGGACAGACGCCUGCAGCCUUGCAAUCCCUUACGGAAAUGUUCAACUCGAAGCGCUUCCGCUCAACGCCCGUGGCGUCACUGGAGCCCAUUAUGAUGCGUUUUAUCGAGCUCUGUGUUGAACUCAGAAAAGGGAGAACGGCCAAGGAGGGCUUGAUGCAGUACAAGAAUAUUACCCAAAACACUUCAGUCCAGUCGAUUGAGAAUGUCAUCAACGCGUUCAUCCAGCUCGCUAAUGCAAAAGUCGUCGACGCACAGGUGAAAGCAGACAAGGCCAUCGAGGUGCUCGAUGUCGACGAUCUCGAGGCCUCAGAGUCGCCAGAAGACGUCCUCCUUGGCGCCGUGAGCGGCGAUCAGAACAAGGACCGUACAGAUCGUGCACUUGUUACACCUUGGCUCAAAUUUCUCUGGGAGAGCUAUCGCUCUGCGCUCGAAACGCUGAAAAACAACGCGCGUCUCGAGGCAAUAUAUCAAUCUAUUGCCCUCCAAGCGUUUAACUUCUGUCUCUCGCACCGUCGCAAGGUCGAGUUUCGCCGUCUUUGUGAGACGCUCCGACUACAUCUCGCUACGGUCGCGAAAUACUCUCACCAGACCCACUCUGUCAAUCUUUCUGAUCCGGAUACACUACAGCGCUUCCUCGACACGCGUUUUGCACAGCUCAAUACAUCAGUCGAGCUCGAACUGUGGCAAGAGGCCUUUCGAUCCAUCGAAGAUAUUCACAACCUCCUCACAAUGUCGAAGAAGCCUCCAAAACCGAGUAUGAUGAUCAACUACUACGAGAAGCUCUACAAGAUUUUUAUGACUAGUGGGAGCAUCCUUUAUCAUGCGGCCGCAUGGUCAAAGUAUUUCGCGAUUCUCCGAACAUCUGGGAAACAGGACGAAGAAAUGGAACGGGUAGCAGGCUUUGUCCUGAUUAGCGCGCUUGCCGUGCCAGUCAUGUCCGACAGCGGCGAGGACGGCGAAGAUACCAAAGGCAAACAUGCGCGUCUAACCACUCUUCUUGGUCUCUCAAAGAUUCCAACCCGUGCGAGCCUCCUCAGCGACGCUUUUGCCCGGAAUGUGCUCAAGCUGUCACCUCGACCGCUUCUCGACCUCUAUGAUCUCUUAGAAGUCCAAUUUGAUCCGCUGGGUCUCUGUGACCAUGCUACCGCGAUCUUGGACCGAUUGAGUGUCAGCGAGGAGUUUACUCCGUACCUUCCGCAUCUAAGAAGGGUUAUUCUCUCCCGCUUACUCUCUCAAUUGUCACAGGUCUACUCUUCCUUGUCCAUCUCCUAUCUCCUCGACCUCGUUUCCCCUCUGAACCGCCAUCUAUCUGCUGACGGCGAUCGUUUCGACCAGGAGAAUCUUGAAGCUUUCAUCAUGAGCGCAGCAAAACGCGGGGAACUUUUCAUCCGUCUCAAUCAUUCCUCAGGAAGCAUCCUCUUCGUGGACGAUGCUUUCUCGAUUGGAUCAGGUAGCGGCUCCUCCAAAGUACAACCGUCGCCCGGUAAACUCGUUAGGUCUCGCCUCAGCCACCUUGCGGAAUGUCUACACAACGUCGUUCGGUACAUAGAUGACGCCCCAGAUACCGCUCGAGGGCAACUUCAAGCUGCCCAUUCAGCCUUCAAAGCCGAGCAGCAAGCAUUGCAGACCCGACGAUCGAUUGUUGCGCGACGUCGUGAACUCCAAGCCGAGUUGGUUGCUCGUCGACAAAACGAGGAGCGCAGUCAGCAGGCUGAGAUGACACUACGUGCCCAAGAAGACGCUCAACGAAAGAAGCGGGCGGAAGCACUCAAGGAGGCACAAGAAAGAGCAAAAGCAGAGAUGGAACGCAAACGCAAGGAGGAAAAUGUCAAGAUUGUAUCAUCGCUCCUGGACCGCGGUGUUUCAAUAGAUGCGGAUAUUACAGCACUUGAUACGGAACAACUUGUGCAACUACAAGUGGAACAUAUGGACAAGGAACGCCGUGAGCUCAACGAGCGGCUACGUGUCAUUGCCAAGCGCAUGGAUCAUAUCGAAAGAGCGUUUCGCAAGGCAGAGAUACCCCUCCUUGUCGACGACUACGCUCGGCAACAAGCCGAAGACAGGGCUGCAUUUGAAGCAAGCCGCCAAGGCACUAUUGAUAGUGCGAGGGCCAUGCACCAAGAGAAGAUCGAUACAAAGCGCCGCCUGUCACGUAUUCUCCCGGACUACCGUGCCUAUAUGCAGUCUCUUGGACAAGACCGCCGAGAUGACUACAAUCGUCGUUUCAACACCGCGACAUCCAAGAUCCUGGAAGAAAAAACGCGCCGUCGCAACGAGAUAUUGAAGCAAAGAGAACGAGAGGCAGAACAAAGGGCAGAAGAGGAACGCAUACGAAGAGAAAAGGAGGAGGCGGAGGCUCGUGCUCGUGAAGAACGAGAAGCAGAAGAGAGACGAAGGCGUGAGGCAGAAGACGCUGCGAGGUUAGCUGCGGAAACCAAGCAGAGGGAGGAGGAAGAACGGGUCAAACAACUUCGCAAGCAACGAGAAGCUGAGCGCGCCGAAGCUGCGGAAGUCGCAAGAAGGCAGCGAGAAAGAGAGGAAGAAGCCGAACGAAGGCGACAAGCUCGCUCAUCGGGCACUGGCCCUGCAUCUGGUGGCGCAGGUGGAGGUGAUGUCUGGCGUCGCUCGCAAAGGCCCGCUGAAGGAUCACCUGGGACGCGUCCUUCACAACAGCCUCAAUCGAGAUAUGUGCCACCAGGAGCCCGAGGCAGCGAGGGGGGAUCGAGUGUUGGGCGACCUGGUGGCGGAGGGUGGCGAGAACGGGAACGCCUGCGAGAGGAAUCUGGCCGACCUGGGACACCAGGUAGACAAUCUCCAGCGCCACAGGAUGACGACGGGUUCCAACAGGUUAAGCCACGGCCAUCUACAGGGGCAUAUCGACCACCCGGAGCUCGUAAUCGCUAG